GCGCGACGGCGUGGGCGUCGUGGCUGGACCGGCUGGAGAGCGCGCGCGGCCAGGAGCAGGUGCUGUCCAGCAAGAUCCGCACGGGGAACUCGGGCGCCAUCGGCACCAGCGUCUUCGCGCUGCAGCAGAGCGUCUCGCGGCUGAAGCGCGACUUCGACCAGCUCAAGCGCUCCUCCAGCACCGCAGUGACGAAGCAGGAGAUCGAGCGGCGCGAGCGGCUGCUGAACCAAUUGGCACGAGACCAGCAAGAGGACUUGGAUAUGUAUAACAGCCGGAAGACUUCUCGGGCUGCAGUGAGUCCUGGGGCUGCGGACGCGCCGGUGAGGCUGCUGAGCAUGCAGAACCAGAUUAUGAAGGACCAGGACCAGCAGCUGGACUUGAUCGGCCAGGGCGUGUCCAACCUGCGCAACUACAGCCUGACCGUCAAGGACGAGACCGAGCUGCACGUGCGGCUGCUGAACGAGAUCGACGACGACGUGUCCCGGGUCACCGACGGGCUCGAGUCCGAGGGCGCGCGCGCAGCCCGGGUGGCCAAGCAAAGCAACAACACGAAGCUGUACAUCAUCAUCCUGGUGCUCCUGCUGAUCCUCAUCUUCCUCCUCCUGGCGGGCGGAUAAGCAGCGAGCUAUUAUAACAAGACAAGCGAGCAGCGUGUGUGUGUACUGUUAGU